AUGUAUUCGUUUACGACUGAAGAUAUAUGGCUCCCAAUGCCUGAUGGUGUUCAAUUGUCUGCUACGCUCACUAUACCUAUUCCAAAACAGAUUGAUGAGAAAUUUCCCGUUUUACUUGAAUAUAAACCAUACAGAAAAGAUGACAGCCUCUAUAAUUACAAUCAACCAAAUAUUUACUAUUUAGCACGACGAGGUUUCAUUAUAGCCAAAGUAGAUAUUCGUGGUACGGGUUCAUCUGAGGGCAUUCUUAUCGAGCGCGAAUACACACCGCAAGAAUUAGACGAUUGUGAACGUAUUAUUGAACAACUUGCUGCUCAUUCUCACUCGAAUGGUCGUGUAGGGAUGUAUGGUUUGAGUUGGUCAGCAUUCAACUCUCUCAUGAUGGCCACUUUGCGACGACCACCUGCUCUUCGAGCUAUCUUUGCAGCACAUGGUUCAGAAGAUUUGUACAAAAAUGAUAUUCAUUUCAUGGAUGGAAUUCUCCACCAGGACGAGUACAUACUCUCUGUCGACCAUGAAAAUGCCUUACCUGCCACACCUGAUUAUAUCAUGGAUGAACAAUGGAUCAAGGAACGUUUCACAAGGAGACCUUGGAUUGAUAUCUAUCUUGAACAUCAACUCGACGGUCCAUUUUGGAGGGAACAUUCGAUCAAGUAUGCCUUUGAUAAUUUCACUGUACCUGCUUAUCUACUAGCCGGACUUUAUGAUAGCUAUAAAGAUUUUGCAAUAAAUAUUUAUGAAAAUGCUCGUGGUUCAUCAUCUAAGAUUAAAGUUGUCAUUGGUCCGUUUGGUCAUGCCAUGCCGGAAUAUUCUGAUCGCAAUCCUGGUCCAGGUUACGAUGGCAAAGCUGAGAUGGUUCGAUGGUUCAGUUAUUGGCUUAAAGAUGACGAUCAGAACAAAGACAUAAGAGAUGAACCGGAUAUCACUCUAUUUAUGCGAACGAGUCUCACUACUGGCAACUAUCGAUACGAACCUCAAUGGCCUAUUACUCGGCGACAAAUACGUCGACUGUUCAUGUGCAGCGGACAAAGACUAGUUGAACAAGCUAAAGAAAAGAAGGAAGGCACUAUUGAUGUCGAUACUCUUGAGUAUCGACCGUGGAUUGGAUUUGAAGCCGAAGACUGGUGGGGUUCCUCACUGAGGGAUCAACGCCCGUUCGAUGAACAUUGCCUAACUUAUGAUAGCAAUCUAGUCAAUGAAACCAUAGAAAUAGCUGGAUUUGUCGACGUAUCUCUUCAGGUAAAGCACGAUGAUAUCAUUUAG